UUUGCCUUUCUCUUCCAUUGCUUCGCUCGCUCUUCCGCAAUAAUGACCGGGUCAUUCAUUAAUCACUAUAGUUUUCUAGCCGCUCGGCUCACCGAAGGAUCGAAUUAGGGCACCGCUGACCACGUGCUCCCGGCUAUAUAACCUGGAAUCAACCCCUCCAACCUCAAGCCGAGUACUUGCAUGUAUCUUCUUCCCCCGUCAGACGUCUGACAAACCUCAAUUCCAGCUCAGCCAUCUUCCGAGAUAGCUAUACUUCUCUUUCAAUCAAUUCUCCCUCCUCGCCUCUAGCUUCCGAACAACUUUUCAUCUGGGUACGGCUCAGCAUGGAUAGCGACAUCGUCCUCUCUUGCAAUGGAGUUGCCAUAUGGUCAAGUGACACUCAAUUGUUGAACUUACAUCGUUCCUGUUGCCAUCAUGUCUACCGAUAAGAUUACUUUCUUGACCAAUUGGCAUGCGACGCCGUAUCAUAUCCCCCUUUACCUCGCGCAAUCCAAGGGCUAUUUCAAGGAUGAGGGCAUCAAAGUGGCCCUUCUUGAGCCUAAUGACCCGUCUGACGUGACCGAGAUCAUUGGGAGUGGAAAGGUUGACAUGGGCUUCAAAGCCAUGAUCCAUACCCUCGCUGCGAAAGCUCGCAACUUCCCAGUUGUUUCCGUCGGAUCGCUGCUGGACGAGCCUUUUACCGGUAUUGUCUACUUGAAGGACAGCGGUAUUACCACUGACUUCCGCACCCUCAAAGGGAAGCGGAUUGGAUACGUUGGCGAAUUCGGAAAGAUCCAAAUCGAUGAACUUACCAAAUACUACAACAUGUCCGCAUCUGACUACACCGCCGUCCGCUGCGGCAUGAACAUCAGCAAGGCCAUCAAGCGCGGCGAGAUCGACGCGGGCAUCGGCCUCGAGAAUGUACAAAUGGUCGAGUUGGAGGAAUGGCUGGCUGAGCAGAAUCGCCCCCGUUCCGACGUCCAGAUGCUCCGCAUCGACCAGCUCGCCGAGCUCGGUUGUUGCUGCUUCUGCUCCAUCCUGUACAUCGGCAACGAGACUUUUAUUUCUCAGAAUCCGGAGAAAGUCUCCAAGUUCCUCAAGGCCGUCAAAAAGGCAACGGAUUACGUCCUCGCGAACCCGAAGGAGGCCUAUGAAGAGUACGUGGACGUCAAACCCAUCAUGGGCACGCCAGUCAACCGCAAGAUUUUCGAACGCUCCUUCGCCUACUUCAGUAAGGAUUUGAAGAACGUCCAGCGAGACUGGGUCAAAGUGACCAACUACGGCAAACGGCUCGAUAUCCUGGAUGCCAGCUUCGAACCAAACUACACGAAUAAGUUCUUGAGUUGGGAACUUGAGCCUGAGUCUGGCGAUCCGACGGGCGACCAGUGUCGGAUGGCAGACUUGCAGCGUAAGGUUGCUGCUGAGGGUGGGUUCCGACGGCUUGAGGCCGCUGCGGUCAAGGCUUGAAGCUCACUUCAGACCCUCUCGAUCAACAUGGGUUAUUAGGGAUCCCCGUCCGCCGAAUAUGUUUUAUACAAUCCAAUUGUGGUGGCAUCGUUACUUGCGCAGGCGUUGCGUUCCUGCACACAAAAAAUUCCAUUAGGAAAAAGUUGAUUGAAUGGCUCCGAAGCAGUUUGUUAAUUUACCACAAGCCAGAAAUGCUCCCCAACUAAAUGACACUCUUUUACACAAGAAAAAGACUUAGUAUGAAAAUCAAAUAUUGUCCGACCUUUCAUUGAGCAACGGUGGUUUCCAUGCAUCACCAAACAUAUCCAUACAUAAUAUCAUACAUCAUACACGCGUCACACAUGAUUCAACAUAUAUCCAAACCGACAACACAACCUGCCCCACCCCCCCUAACCAUAAUAAAUAACCCCACUAAAUACAAAUCAAUCACUCCUCAUAAUCACGGCCAUCCCCCCUCCCCCCGGCCCCUUCACCCUCCCAUGCCAGGCUCGAACUUGCGCACGAAGCCUCUCCGCUGCGGUGCGCAGCCUCGCGUGUCCGCUCACCCCCCUCUAAUUUGCCGCCGGAUUCCUGGCCGCCCAUGGAGGAGAGAUCUCAUGGUGUUCAGUGGAGGAUAGCGUAUUAUAUUAGCCAUUAUUGUAUGAGCAAUCUAAUAUGUGGGUAGGUAUAGUUGGGGGAAAGGGGGGGAAAAAGAAGACGAAACUUGCAUAGCUGGAUCCAUGUUGGCGAAGCCGUUGGCAUGGGUGGACUGGCAGCCCUUUCUGGCGACUUCCUCGACCUCCUCCUGGGGACGGUUGGCAAAGUUGCCUGGGUAUGGUUUCGGAGGUCAUUUUUGCUAGGUUUUUCUUUUUGUGAGGUUGUAGACGUAGCGUAGUAGAAGUAUUUAGGUUAUUUUUGUUUGGUUCUGCAGCAGCUACCUAGGAGGACUUUUUUUUGAAUGUUCUGUAUUCUAUAAGGUAGGUUUGGAGUUUACAACUGCUCUCCAAGAAGUAUCUCGUUCAUUAAAGUAAAAUCAGAAAUGGAAAGGCAACAAAACUCCAUUGAAUAGGGAGGGGUAUGGGGCCAGUACGGAGUAGAUGUUGCGAAGUGCUAACAACAAUAACAAUAAUAAGUUCAAACAACGACGACAUUAUUUUUCCAGAACAUAGCUACUUAGAUAGGUAGCUAACAGAACACAUCCACAACCGACAUUUCUAGUCGUCCUUCUUCAGAUCUUUGCACGUUCCAGUUUUCUCCUUGGGGAGUUGCUAGCAGUUUCGUAAAGGAGUCAGCUUGUUCAAAAGCUUUCCCCAAAAGCUUGAAGGGCACGGGGGGUAUGGAACAAACGAACCUCGCAGUACCCGCUCUCGCAGAUCCCCAUACUCCCAUCUUCCUUGCAGUCCUUUCCAUUAGGGAGCUUGAAUGAGGUUAGCUCGCGCUGUUGGUUGUAAUAAUAAGCAUGGACGGGUCUAAUAUUCAUACCAAAGUCUGUGCACUGAUAGCAGUGCCGAUGAGGGCAAGAGUAGCAAGGAGAGUGAACUUCAUGGGUACUGAGAGGAAUUGGAAAUGGAGAAGGAUGAUAUAACGGUGCGGCGAGGUAGAUAUUGAAUUGAAAGAUGGUUUUCGUCAGCUCCUGGGGGGGGGGGGUGAAAGGAUGCUGGCGACGUAGAUAUUUAUAUGAGCAGAGCGCAGCAGCUGCGGAGGCAGCUAUUUAUUACUGUUGCUUCGUGCAUGCGGGCAUAGUAGUGCAAAUCAUCCGCAUUUCGCAUGAGCGAGGUAAUAAUAGAGUGCGUUGAUCAUGAUCAAUGGUAUUUUCAUUGAAUUGCACUGCAUCAAAAGCAGUCCUCUUUUUGGCCAAAGGUGUUGUUUCCUUCCCGCGACUUGGGUCCUUGAAACGCGACCGCUUGGGUUUGCUAUAGGCAUAUUUAUAGCCAACCGCCUUUGUUCAACGGUCUAAAUAUAUUUCCCAACAGUCAGAUAUUGACUUGGUCAUCCUGUUUCAUUCCGCUGCAUGUGUAUCUCGUCAACACGGUGUCACAAAUAAAUCUGGCGCAUCAUUAUGCAAGCUUCGCGCGAAGCUUGUCUCUACAAAAGCUCUCCAGGAUAGAAAAAACUAUCGAUUUUAGACCAAGGGGGGGUGAGCAUGCUGGGAGAUCCGUAGUAAAUUCAAAAAAUUUUGUUGCUAAUAAAAACAGUGAAAAUGAAGCUGUUGUUGUCCAUUUUGUGCUGUAACUAUAUUAAUAAGCUGCGCUAUAAAUUUUGCUUCCUUUGUGAGCAUGUAACUAACUAA